CGAAACGUUUCGAUUGUAACAUCUCGUAAUCGCGCAUCACUAAUAAUUUUGUUUAUAUUUCUAAAUACAAGCCUAUUAUAGUAUAUAUUGUUUGUUUAGUUGUGUUUAAAUCCUGCAUUGGUUUGCGUUUGUGUAGGCUUCUUAGUAAGUGGUUAUUUUUCGUAAGUUUGUUUUGGUUUUGAUUCUGCUUAUGCUGAUGUUUACAAAACUGUAAAACCCCUACCUUGCUACAUAGGUUAUUUGAUUAGUGUUUGGAAAGGGCAAAAUAAAAUAUCAGCAAGCACAUGGAUCCAGAAGAUAGCAGUAUGAAUGUGGAAAAGUCUCAAGCAAACGCAUAUUUAUUAUUACUCGGUCUAAUGAUGAGCGUCAUGAAUAACCACCUGUCAACAGUAUUAAACUAUGUGUUUAUACAAUUUAAUAAACUCAACACGUCAUCAUAUUAUCAUAAGUUAAAAACCGACCUUUCUGAACUUCAAAAAGACUCAUUCGGAAUAAAUAUGACAGAAGAGUUUGCUAAAUAUGCCAGAUUACAGCGAAAAAUUAUUAAAAUUCAAGCUGAACUUAAAACAGAAGCUCUAGCUCUCCAGCAGUCUAAUAUGACAAAUAAAAUGAUUUUACAAUUUGUAAUGGGUGUGGUGAGCGUAGUUCUGGUGUACAUGUUUAACGCCCAGCCCGUGGUUCACCUCUCCUCCCGAUGGCUCUAUCCCGUAUCAAGUAUUAUGUGUUGGCCAGGUAUCCAACCGGGAGCAAUCAGUUUUUUAGUAUGGUGUGCCAUCACCAAUUCUGUCAUAAAGACUUUUUCCUGACAUUUCAUCACUAAAUAAUUUAUUGCAUGGUAAUUUAUUGUAUUGUUAUUUUACCUUUGUUGUACCUAAAUAUUUUAAAAUGUCAUGUUCAUUAAAGAUAUAUCAAUUUGUU